AGAUUAAUCACGUGGUGUGGAAGUUCCUUUACUGUGGUAGAAAACAUGGCUGCGCUCUUGAGAUCUGCCCGGUUACUUAAGUUUUCACCUUCGGGUUUGCUCCAGAUCCAGGGAACCAAAAGAUGCGGACCUCCGCUCGGCCGGCUGUACAGCGGUGCUGUCAGCUGUGGAAGAACCGGUGUUUUCUCCCGACAGCUUGUCCUUGUUAGCGACAGCGUUUCCAGGUGUGUGUGGCCAUAUGCAGCUGGGUGUGUGCGUAACUUUGCUGUGGCCACAGAACAACAGGAUGAAUCUAGUGUUGCGGUGCAGUCCAAGCAGGAGCGGCAGUUUGACUGGGCCCUGACCAAACUGGACAGCUCUGUACGAAGGACGGGUCGUAUUACCAAGACAUUACUGCUCCGCAUCUUCCAUGAUAUCUGCAGGACAGGUUAUCCCAGCGGUAAUCAAGCCUUGUUGCUGCUGCGUAGCUGUGGGUCUCUGCUGCCUGAGCUUCCUCUGGAGGAACGGACCGAGCUGGCUCAUCGUGUGUGGGAUAAGCUGCAGGGGCUGGGUGCACAAUAUGAUGUUAGUCACUACAACGCCUUGCUAAAGGUUUACGUGCAGAACGAGUUCAAGUUCUCUCCCACGGACUUCCUGGCAAAAAUGGAAUCUGCGAAUAUUCAGCCCAACAGAGUUACAUACCAGAGGCUGAUAGCAGCUUACUGCCAAAACGGAGAUAUUGAGGGAGCCAGCACCAUCUUGGGUUUUAUGAAAAGCAAAGAUUUACCCAUCACCGAAGAUGUUUUUAGCUCUCUGGUGAUGGGUCAUGCCAUUGCAGGCGAUAUCGAGAGUGCAGCAAACAUCCUGCCUGUGAUGCGAGGAGCGGGGAUCGAACCCAGUCCUGUCACCUACGUGUCACUGCUGAAUGCGUAUGCUUCAAAGGGAGAUCUGGAUGGUAUGAAUAAGACUCUGGAGGCAGCAGAGAGUGCAGACUGCAGUCUGAUCGACAGGGACAUCAUGCAGGUCAUCUUCACUCUGGCCAAAAACGGACAAAAGCAGCACAUACCAGUAUUCAUGGAACGGCUGAGGCAUGACCGGGGGUUUAUACCAGAUGCCAUGAACUUGUGCUUGAGCCUCAUUACCCAGGGACAAGAGGACGUAGCUUUUAGCAUCCUGAAAGCUUUUCCUAGCCUACAAUCGGAAAACGAUGAAAGCUCCAACUUAGGAAACUUCUUCAUCAGGCACUGCAUCAACAUGGAGAAGCCGCUGGAGAAGAUUGCCGGCUUCUGCAAAGAGCUGCAGGAGUUAAAGCUGCACUCCGCACCGCUCACCUUCACUCUGUUCUGUGCCCUGGAGGCCAAGAAGAUCGGUACGGCUUUAGGGCUGAUGAAGCUGAUGAAGGAGCAGAACUUGCCCAUAAGGCCUCAUUACUUUUGGCCUCUUCUCACUCAGCCUCUGAAGGACAACAACGUAGCAGGUGUGAUGGAGGUGAUAAAGGGCAUGAAGGAGCUUGGAGUGUCCCUUGACGUUGACACUUUGCCCCACUACAUCCUCCCUGUCUUCUCCAGCAUUGAGGAAGCUCAUCAAGCCCUGAAGGAGGAAGGCAUCUCCGUGGAUUCUGAGGUCUUUAAGUGCUCUGAAGCUCGCUCCUUGGCUACGAGAGACCUGGCCAAGCUGUAUGACCUAUUGUCGGACCCCUCUUUCCCACCACUGGAUCUCAUGACUUUCCGCACCGGCCUCAUCGGAGGCUUCAAAAGGUCUUCAGAUGUUGAGAGCAUGGCAAAGAUUGUUGAGCUUCUCUACAAAGAUCAACGCUUCUCCACUGGGAGCUCAAAGCCUGCUGAUACUGUAGGCUACUUCCUUUACAAUCUGGUUGACAACAUGUCAGAGGGGCAGGUGCAGGAGGACAAACUGCGGCAUCUCUUCAAUAAGCUACAGGCGCAGAACGUUACCAUUCCACUAAACAUCUACAGAGGAAUUAAGAAUCUUCUAGAGUCUCAUCAUGUUCCUGAACUCCUCAAGGAUGUGAUGGCUUUGGUGGAUCUCACAGAAACGGGGUCAGAUGGGUCGGCAUUAGCUCCUCAUCGUGCCACGGGACUCGAGAACAAUGUUUCGGUGCUUGAGAAAAAACUGGCGGAACUGGUUGCAGAAAACAAACCGUUAGGAUCAGUUCUUAGAAACAUCAUCCAUGCUCUGAGUGCUGAGGAGAACCUGCAGCGCGCCCUGGAGCUGAAGCAGCAGCACGAAGAGGAGAUGACGGCCGGGGCUUACGCCACCCUCAUCAACCUGUGCUGUCGCCUCAACAAUGUAGAGGAGGCGCUCAACCUGAAGAGGGAGAUGAGUCGUAAGGACUCAUCGGUGGCGCUGGAUCCUGCUAAAUACCUCGCACUGGUCAGGACGCUCGCUUUAAAUGACAGAGUUGAGGAGGCGGUGGACAUCCUGAAGGAGAUGAAGGAGAAGGAGGUGGUGAUAAGUGACGCCCUCAUCACCUCUGUCUUCCACAUGCUCAGCACCAUAGUGGUCAAAGGCGACUUCUCCACCGUCCGACGGCUGCAGAACACCAUCUUCACUCUCGGACUGGCAAAGCCCACUGCUAAUCUCUGCUCACCUUUGGUUACUGCUUACCUGGACAGAAAGGACAUGGCCGGAGCCUUCGAAGCAGCACUAGAGUGUCAGAAGCUCUACAACCAGCUUCCACGCAUCCACGACAUCAUCGUCGCUCUGGUGGAGAAAGGAGACACAGAUUUACUGCAAAAAGUCAUGGACUUUGUUAGUCAGGAGCGAGGAGAGAUGACGAUGCUGUAUGACCUGCUCUUUGCGUUCCUGCAGACUGGCCAGUACCGUGAAGCCCGAAAGAUCAUUGAGACCCCGGGGCUGAGGGCAAAGCCUGGCCGCCUGCAGUGGUAUGCAGAGAAAUGCAUUGCUCUCAAGCAGAUGGAGGCCCUGGAGCAGAUGGUGGAACUAACAGCUAAGCUGUUUGAGUGUGACAGAGAUGAGAUGUACAGUUAUAUCCUCAAGCUCUGCAAGGUCACAAACGACUGGCAGAAGGCAGAGUCCAUCUGGACAAAGAUGCAGGAGGAGAACGUGAUUCCCAGAGAAAGGACGCUGCGUUUGCUAGCUGAUGUUCUGAAGAGUAACGGCCAGAAGGUGCCGUUUGAGGUGCCUGAGACGUGGUAUGGGCAAGUUACCUCCAGCACAAAACAGGUCAAGUCACUACCCACCCCCUACAAAGUGGAAGGUGGUGCUUAUUACCAGGACCGUCUGCUGGCUCUCUGUAAGAAGGGCAAAGCCAAAGAAGCAUUUGAGGUGCUGAAGGAGGCGGAAAAUAAGGGCGUGGCACUAACUGCCCUCCCAUAUGAUCACCUGAUCCGUGCUCUGUUGAGUGAGGGAUCCAUCGAGGAAGCCAUGGUAGUCAAGAAAAUGGCCGAGUCUCAUGUGCCAGGCUUCAAAUUGAGUGAAAUCGCCAACAGUUUGCUGAUCAUCUCGUACAGCGUGAGAGGACAGGUCAAAGAGGCGAUGGAGAGGCUGAAGUCCAUGCUUCAGUUAGAUUUUGUGCCCUCGACCCUCGCCAUCACCCGGCUGGUUCAGGCCCUCGCUAACCACGGCGAUGUGGCAGCGAUUCAGGAAGUGGAAUCACUAAUUACGAGUCUUGGAGCAGCCACCAACCUGUCCAGCAUGGUGUUUGUCAACAACACAGCCCUUGCACAUAUCAACAAUGGUGAUUUGAACGCAGCGGUGGAGUUGUUGGAAGACAUCUACACGAGACCAGACAGCUCAAACCCAAGUAUAUCAUUUGUCUUCAGGAAAGUCCUGGAAUCUGGCAACGACAAAGCUCUGGACAAGCUGAGUGCUAUGGCAGAGCGGCUAGCCAACCACUUCUCCUGCUACAGACCGUCCACGGAUCUCUUCCUCCAGCUGCUGAACAUGGACAAAGUGGAGGACGCCAGACUCGUGCUGGCUCGCUGUAACGCCGUGGCUGAGCAGAGGGACGCGUUGACGUCCUACAUGUCUCAGAGGGCUCAGCAUCCAGGACAGAUUGAAAAGAUCAAGAUCCUGAUGAGCUUGGUUCCAGACAUUGCCGAGAAGGAAAUUCUGUACUCGUACCUGAUGAAGUGUCACUGUGUGGAUAAGGACUUGGCGUCGGCCAAGGCUCUGUACGCAGAAAUGCAGGACAAAGGGAUUGUGGUGAACGAGCUGUCACUCAAACGGCUGGCUGUGCUUUACCGUGAGGCUGGAGAAACCGUGCCCUUCUCUGAGCCCCCUGAGUCUUUUAAGUUUUAUGCCGCCAAGCUGAAAGAGAAAUCUGCUAAAGGCCCGACGGCAGCAGAGGAGUAAAAACUCAUCAUCACCUCCUCCUCCUCCUCCUCCUCGUACCUUCCAGGCUUUUCCCACCAGCUUAUUCUGUUGUUUCCUCUUUUUUAUACAAGUUGUUGAAGCUGAAAUGGCAAGUGUUGAGUAGUAACUUUACUGUGUUUAGACUCUGUCCGCUCUCAAAUGUACAGAAGUAUUCAUGCUAAUAAAUAAUGAUGGGUAAAGCAAA